AUGUCAUCGGCAACAUCUCCUGAUUUGAGCGAAACAGAGAGACGGAUCAUGAUUCCCAUAGAUCACAGUGUGCAUUCGAAACGCGCUGUGGAAUGGUACUUACACUACCUAUCCAAACAGGAUGAUUUAUUAAUACUGGUACACUCCAUUGAGCCGAUCAGUACGGACACAUUUGUCGGGACAAUCUUGGAAGAUUUCCCGGCCACAUUCAGCAAUACAUGCAAAAUUUCUGAGACCGCCAUCGAAGACGGGAAACAAUUGUGUCGAGAUAUUGCACACCUGAUCGAAAAGGAGAAAGGGAUCACACUGCGCAAGGUACUCUAUAUUGAUCAUAAACCUGGGCACAUGAUUGUCACCGCAGCGAAUGAACUGAAACCGCAUUUGAUCGUGAUGGGUAAUCGUGGUGUCGGUAGGAUGCGUGAAACGUUUUUGGGAAGUGUAAGCAAUUACGUUUUGCAUCAUGCCAAUGUUCCCGUCUGUAUUGUACCGCCCGAGCGAUCGACGCACUUCAAAUGA